AUGACGAGGACGGAGAGAGAGUCUACUAAAGAGUUCUAGACGUUGAACGUUAUCGUAUUCUCAGACGUGUUAUACCUAUGCUUGCCGAGUAGGGUGUAUCGACGUGCAGUUCUCGGAAUGUGGCGUUUGUUACAAUGAAAUUUUGCGCACAAAGCCGCAAAUCGAAGACACUGUGCGUACAAGCCGGUCGCGCGUGGAAGCCGAGCUUUUGUAAAACGUCCAGCACAUGUACGCGCUCGGUCACGUGCACGCACGCAAAUGUCAGCGUGUGCGUGUAGCGUUCAAUGACAUCGACAACAAUGACGAAGAAGAAGCUGACGCUCUUGAAACUGGCAUCUCAUGUUCGUCCCAUUCCUUGCGUCGUCACAUUGCCCUUGCCCACUGUCUCCUCCUGUGGUUGCAGCUCAAAACUUUUCUUGGUGAUUGCAUGUGCAUGCACGCGUCAAGACGGGAAAUGAAUAGUUUGCUGCCUAUGCAUCGGAUUCUGCUGGCUGGUGUCCUCAUACUCGCGGCUUUUGCACUGGAGAGUGAAAGAGAGAAGAGAGCACAAAGUGCAGUGUGUAACCCGCGCUGUGGCACGGGUUUCUUUCAUGCAGCCGGUUCUUGUCAGUCUAACGGACGUUGUCUCUGCUGGUGGGGAUUCACUGGACCGAAUGCAGAAUACAUUGUCAACGGAAAGCUACACCAUCGGAUCCUGGCUGACUACUGCAACGAGCUAUGUUUUUAUAUUCACAUCUACUACAAUUUGAAAUGCGCUAGUCUGCCAGAGACUCCAUUCUACGUCAUCUCCGACUCCAGCAAGCUUCAGCGUUUUGACAUGACCACAGGAAAGUCACGACUUUUGCAGACGAUUGGAUCAGGAGUUGUGUCAUCCCUCGACUUUGAUGUCACCUCCGCUCGAGUUUUCUAUGGCAACAACGCAACAAACACGAUCACCAGUUCAGGCAUUACCGAGAGUUCCACAUCCAAAACUAUUGUGUCUGGAAUCCAGCCUCAAGCUGUCGCUGUCGACUGGCUGAAACGGAAGAUUUAUUGGACAAACGGAGCAACCGAUGAGAUCGAAAGAAGCAACCUUGAUGGUACAGUUAAACAGACAGUCCAGAAUGGGAGUAACCUACGAGGCUUGGCUGUUGACCCAACCACCAAUAAUAUUACAACAGUUCUGUAUUGGUCGGAGUGGACGAGUAAUCCAGCCAUACAGAAAGCGGUUGUUGUAGAUCAGUCUGGUGUACCGUCAGUGCAGUUGACGUCAACGAUUGUCAGCAGCAAUAUGAGUGAACCACUUGGAUUUGUCAUUGAUUUUGUUCUUGGAACACUCUAUUGGGCAGACCCUGGCAAACAAAGAGUAGAAAGUGUGAACCUCGAUGGAAGCAACAGAGUCACUGUGUUUCAAUCGUCAUCUGAAUAUCCUUCAUACGUGACUCACUUUCAGUCCAAAGUGAUAUGGACUGCUCUACCUAAGUCGGUCAACUCUCUUGACAUCUCGUCAUCUGUCAAACAACUAACACUUAGUGGGUUAGGCACCACACCGUCUGCCAUCACAGUCUACCAUUCCACAAGACAACCGUCAUAUAAUGUGGAUGAUUGUAGUGAUCAGAAUGGAGGUUGUACUGACAGUUGUGUUGAUACGCCAGCAUCUUACAUAUGCAGAUGCCCGUCUGGAUUUGCUCUGUCUGAUGACUCGUUGUCAUGCAAAGAUAUCAAUGAGUGUUUGGACGAGAACUUGUGUGAUCAAACGUGUUUUAAUCUGUACGGAAGUUUUGAAUGUGUCUGUUUGCCUGGGUACAAAUGGAAAUCACAGAGAAGAGCUUGUGUUGUCAGCAAGGCCAAAGUCAAGUUUCUAUUGGCAAACGAGAAAGAAAUCGGCAGGAUAAACGAUAACAAUCUCAACACUUACCACGCCAUUCCCAUGGCACAAAAUCUAAAAAAUGCAUCGGCAGUCGACUAUCACUACAAACGAGACGAAGUCUACUGGUCAGACACCACAGAACACACAAUCACAAGGUCAUCACUUCUGACAGGAAACCAAAAUCAGAACGUCAUCAUCGACUCAAAUCUCGGACAAGUUGAGGGAAUCGCUAUCGACUGGGUGAACAACAAGUUGUAUUGGACGGAUCGGAAAAACGGGACAAUCGAACGAUCGAGUCUUGACGGUCAAAAUCGAGAAAUUAUUUUGUCUAAUUUGGGUGACGUCGUUGCUAUUGCUUUGGAUCCAUUGAAUGACAGACUGUACUACAGUGUAUUGAAUGCUGCAGCUUAUAUAGGUCAGGCUGCUCUGAAUGGGUCUGGUGCAACAUCCUUUGUUAGCGCCGUUUCCACACCGAUUAGUCUCUCUGUUGAUGUUGUGAGGGAUAGACUGUAUUGGGGUGAUGCAACGAGUAAGCAGAUUGAAUACGUGUCUCUCAACGGUUCAGGUCGAACGGUCGUUUAUAUUAACACGGAUGGAAUUCAGUCGCUGUCGGUGUUUGAGGAUCGAGUGUUGUUUGUUGACGGUUCGUUGAGUACAAUUUGUUAUGUCAACAAGUUUACUGGAGACGGUCGUAGUUGCCACACAAUGUCAAGUAGCACUCAUAUCCGGGAUGUAAAAAUUGUGCAUUUUCGCAAUCAACAAAGUACAGGUUGUCCUACUGGUAAGUACGACGUUGCAAACAGCUGUACUAAGGACUGUAAAUGUCAACACGGUUUAUGUGAUCCUAUCGAUGGAAAUUGUACGUGCGAUUCCGGAUAUACUGGACAGUACUGUGAUCAAGUCUGUAGCACAGGAAAGUAUGGUGCCGACUGUGAUGAGGAUUGUGUUUGUAAGAACCAAGGAGAUUGCUCACAUGUGACAGGAGAAUGCACUUGUCCGAAUGGAUACCGCAGUUAUGAUUGCUCAGAACAAUGUGACCCAAAGAGCCCUAAUUGUGUUCUUUGCUCGUGUCUGAAUGGUGGAGUGUGUGGAAGUGAUGGCUCGUGUGUAUGCAAGUCGGGAUAUGACGGCAGUCUCUGUGAAAAUCAGACCAUCACAGCAGCGCCACAGACUACCACAGCAGCACCACAAACUACCACAGCAGCGCCACAGACUACCACAGCAGUACUGGUGCCACACACUGGCACAGCAGCACCCGAGACUGUGUGUCCUACAUUCACGUUUGGUUCUACCUGCUCUCAGACAUGUGACUGUUCGUCGAAUUCCAUCUCUUGUAAUGACGUUAGUGGCCAGUGUAACUGUGCACCGGGUUACGAAGGAUUACGAUGUGAAAAAGCGUGUCCUCAUAGUUCGUUUGGUGAUGCGUGUGGUCAGCAGUGUACAUGUCAGAAUGGAGCCGAAUGUGAUCACGUGACUGGAGACUGUAGCUGUACACCUGGAUGGACAGGAAACGAUUGCGAUGAUGAGUGUCCAGAGGGAACGUUCGGCUCUGAUUGCUUGAUGGAGUGUUCUUGCUUAAAUGGUGCGACGUGUGACAGAGAGCAAGGAAUUUGUUCAUGUACCCCAGACUACACGGGUGCCAACUGUGAAACACAUAUAACAUAUGACACUCUUCCAUCUCCAUCGUCAUCAGCUCAAGUUGAAAAUCCCUGCUUAUCUUCGUUCUGUCUAAACGGUGGGUCAUGUGAAGUGCAACUUGACUCACCCGUCUGCACUUGUACUAUCUUCUGGACUGGUGAUCAGUGCAAAAAUCCACGUCAUCCCGAGUGCCUUUCUGAACAAACAGAAGAAGAGAUACUUCAAUGUUUUGAAAUAGCAGAAUCAAAGGCUAGGGAUUCGCAGUCUUCUAACCAGCAGGUUUACAUUGUCAUUGGGGUAGUCAUUCUAAUUGCUAUUGUUAUCUUGAUCGUGGCCUUUGUCUACUAUCGCUACAAGAAGCGAAGUAAAAUGCAUACUAGUGAAGAUGGUGACACUCUAGACAAGAAAGGCACGGUGUUUCAGAAUCCUGCAUACGAUGAACUACCUGCUAUACCGCAGAAAACCAGUAGUGAGAGUGGAGCCAACCUUGACAAUCCCUUAUACAGUGACGUCAUUGACAUACCAACCAGCAGUCACCAUAAAGAAACAGGAGGCUAUGACCAGCCUCGUCAAUUAGACUACGAACAGCCUGCUCAAUUCGAAGCUGUUGCUACAGUGGAUGAUCCAGUGAAAAAAGAGAGCAACCCCAUGAAUGAGAGUGGAGACACAAUUUCUUCGUACGACAAUAAGGUCAAUACAAGCAGCAACCAAAAUCCUUACGACAACCAAACGAGCGUAGAGUGUAACACGUCUGCUUCUGCUUCUAAUGUCUAUGACAACUACGAAAGUAUUCCCAGUCAGCAAGCUGAUGGAAGUGUGAAUAUCAAUGAUACUCCAGGUGAUGAUGAUUUGUAUGAAGAACUUCCGUAGUGUUCAUAAUUUUUCCACAUUUUUGAACGAUAAGACAACGUAUGUCGUUACAUCAUUUUAAUACACCACUACAUGCAUGCACGCGUUCGUUUCGCAAGAACACAAUUUAGUAUGUCAAACAUUUUACGAAUUGCUGUUAUCGUUUAUUACUGCAUAGCAUUAUGAUUUAGAUAUGCGAUUGUAUUAUAUCAUGCAUGACUCUCUAUUAGUGAGCAAGGUUUGUGAAACGUUUGUCUACUGCUUGUCAUGUCUGUAUAUAUAAUCAUUACAGUAUGUGGCAAUGAAUGCACUUUUCAAUACAUGCCAAUC